AUGAAUGUGAUCAACAAAGUGGCAUAUUUCAUCUCCAAGGGCGGAAUAGGCAACUGGAACGACCUUGAUAUGCUCCAGGCUGGCCAAGGGGGGAUGGCUGAUGAAGAGUACAAAUUGCAGUUUUCCGUAUGGGCUGCCGUCAAAUCUCCUUUCAUCCUCAGCAAUGAUCUCCGCAGAAUUGACCCCGACACCCUAUCAUUAUUACAAAAUAGUGCGGUCAUUCAAGUGAGCCAGGACGAAUUGGGACAGGGCGCGAAUCGUCGCUGGCGAUACUAUGUUGAUGGAGAUGAACAUGGUCCCGGAGAGAUUCAGUUAUGGACAAGCCAAUUGAUGGGGCCUCCAGAGCCAUUUGGUUUUGAUAUGCUCGUAUUGUUCCUUAACUCGGGGAGUUCGCCUUUGCGGAUGAACGCAACAUCGGAGCAGAUAUGGUUCGACUUCGGACGACGUGGGACUGCUCCUCAGGCGCAGUACGUAUGGGAUGUGUACGAUCUCUGGGGCGCUAGGAUGGACCGUCAAACUGCCCAGAACAUUAUUAAUCAGAAUGGCACCGUUCCCGAAAGAGCGAGAUGGAAUGCCACUGCCAAUGGAUACAAGGGUUGGCCUCAGGCGGACAACGUCGCUCUGAUGGGCACGCACGAAGACAUUCUCCAGCCAGAAGGGACCCUUGAAGCUGACGUUCCGGCACAUGGAGUUCGAAUGUUUCGCUUACGGGCACAGGAUAGACGUCGAGAUGAAUUGUGA